CCACCCAACGUCAGAAGAGCGAGCGAGGGUGACGCGUGCGCCCAGCAGUAUGUGCGCGCCCACGGGAGGGGCCGACAGAAAAUGGCGAGUCUGUGCAAGCGGCAGCAAUGCACACUAGAGAGGCGCGGCUUUCGGCAGGAGCUUGACUCGUGGAGGCAUAAACUCAUUCACUGUGUAGGCUUUGAAAGCAUCCUGGAAGGCUUGUUUGGGCCGGGAGUAGUCAAAGAUAGCACUACUUUCCAAGAUUGUGAGCCCGAGGAAGUGUCCGACUGGUCGUUUGAUGACAACUGUCUUUUCUGCUGCCUGCGACGUGAGAAAAUCAAGGAUCACAGUUCCGACGACACGGUAGCCAGCGGCCAGUUGCUGUUGGAGGGCGAGGACGCAAAACGGGAACAGACUCGCCUCAGCCGACUGGAGAGACAAGCGCAAGACUUCCUCAAUGCUGUGUUUCACAGAAAAGAUCUCCCAAAUUUGUCGGACCCCCACAUUCCGCUAGUGGCUCGAGAGAUCAUGCAGCGAAUGAUCCGCCAGUUUGCUGCCGAAUAUACCUCAAAAACCACUCAGGAUGCCCCACUGCCACCGCUGCCGCCCAAUGGGGCCAUGAAGGACCAAAGCCUGCCGCCCUGCUCGCCCCCGCCACCCGGGCCGACACCCGGCUCGCCGCCUUCGUCCGCUUCCUGCUCCUUGCCGUCGCCCUGCCUCAGCCCCCCUGGCACUGAAGGGGGUGCAACCGCCGCUGCUGCCUCUGCACAGAACCCCGUCCUCAGCAAGCUGCUCAUGGCCGACCAGGAUGGCCCGCUGGACCUCACUGUCAAGAAGAACCUGGCUGAGACCGAGACCCCUGCCCAGCAGGAUGGCGUUCUGGAUCUUUCCACCAAGAAGAACCAGUGUGAUAAGCAGGGCUUCUCCUCAACACAUGGACUCAAAGGGCACCCCGUGGAGGUGGACCAUUCUGUGAAGGUGGAGCAUUCCGUAAAGGUGGACCAUUCCAUGCCGGAUGCGGACGAGGACGACGGCGUGCUGCCGCAAAGCUUUCAGGACGGCCUGCGGGACAACUUGAUCAACUCCUUUAAGCCGCCACUAGCCCGCUCGCUGCGCAUCAAGGAAGAGCUGCUCAGCCAGAAGCACCGCCUCCUGAGUCAGCCUGCCGCAUUGUCAUUGGCCAGCCUAGAGUCAGCCGGCCUCUUCACUCGCGACCAGUCACACUCCCUGCUGGGCCAAAAGGGCUCCUCGUCCUUCUGGGGCAGCAAGGCCCACCUGGAGAGCCUGAUGAAGCUGAAACAGGCCAGUGGGGCCCUGAGUGGAGCCCUCGGAGGCCUCAAAGACCUGCCUACGUUCCGAGAGAAACACCACAACCACCACGGAGCCUUCUCCUUCAAGAAUUCCCUGCUUCACCACCACAAUCAGGUCUUGAAGACCCAGCAUAACCACCAUGACGCCAAGCGGGACCAAUCACCCCCCGUCGACCUGAAGAUCCCGCAGGUUCGGGGCAUGGAUCUCUCUUGGGACUCCUCCGCCUCCGAGCUGUACGGUUUUGGUGGAAUUGGACCCGGAGGCGGCGGUGGACUCAGCGAGAACGCCUUGAGCCGGAAGCUGAGAGCCAUCCUGCCCAAGCAGAACCGGCGGGGCGCUAGCUUGGGAAGCCUGCUGGACGGCGCGGCGGAAUACUGGACUGCUGACUUGGAACACUCUGCCUCCGGGCCAGCAUAUUCCACCUCGGACGUGGAGGGGGACCCCAACUCCAAGCAGCCACGGAAGAAGAGGGGGCGCUAUCGGCAGUAUAACACCGAGAUCCUGGAAGAGGCCAUCGCCGUGGUGAUGAGUGGCAAGAUGAGCGUCUCCAAGGCGCAGAACAUGUAUGGCAUCCCGCACAGCACUCUGGAGUACAAAGUCAAGGAGCGUAUGGGUACCCUGAAGAACCCUCCAAAGAAGAAGCUCAAGCUGAUGAUGAAGAUGGAGGUAAGCGGCCCGGAGUUCCCCGGUGACGCGGCGAACAUGCCUGCCAUCAUCCCGCGCAACGAUGCUGCCACCACACCCCCCUCCCUCGGGCCUGCUGAGCUAAAGGUGGAUGUCAAGGAAGAGAUGGAACAUGUCGAUUAAAAGCAACCUCACAAGACUCCUCAAGAACCACCGGGCUUUAUUUGUGCCAAUUUCCUUUGCAGUAUCCUGGCCGAGCACAAAGGCAGGGAUGUAAACCAAGACAGUUUUUCGGAGACCAACCACUAAUCGGAAUCAUUGUUGUUGAGACUUUUGUACCCAAAUCUCAGAACCAACGACAAUUUUAUGAAAUUUUCUCAAGCAUGCGGAUAAUCCCCAGUAGGUUCGAAAAGGGGUGGAAAAUUUCUAGUUAAUUUCUGGAAAGUUUCUGGAAUAUUUGUAUGGGAAGUUAAACUGGGGAAUUUUGGAAAUAUUCUUUCCAUGGGAAUUAACUGGGAAUUUAGGGUAAUUCAUUGGAAAGACAUCAUAUUCGAGCAUAAAUAUAAACAUUUUGUUUGUUAUGAGCAGAGAUCCAUGCAAAAUUGAUAGCUCUCUUUGCCCACAUACAAGGGCAUUACAGUAUCGUUAUUGCUCCACCCCCCCAACCACCCACUUCACUCGAGGCGGCAUGGUGAGCGACUGGUUAGCACGUCUGCCUCACAGUUCUGUGGACCCGGGUUCAAAUCCAGCCUCGCCUAUGUGGAGUUUGCAUGUUCUCCAUGUGAUGCAUGAUAAGUUAAUUGAAGACUCUAAAUUGCCCGUAUGCAUGAAUGUGAGUGUGAAUGGUUGUUUGUUUCUAUAUGCCCUGCAAUUGGCUGGCGACCAGUUCAGGGUGUACCCCGCCUCUCGCCCGAAGAUCGCUGGGAUAGGCUCCAGCACGCCCGCAACCAUAGUGAGGAUAAGUAGUGCAGAAAAUGGAUAGAAGGUUCACUCGAGUGGCGGUAUGCCCGAAGCUAGCUCGUAUCUCAAAUAUGGAAACUGGAAAAACUUGUGAGUCAGUUGUUUUAGUCAGGAUUAUACUAAAAUAUAUUUCAUUUCCCUAUUGAGAGCCAGCCUUCAACUUUGUAAAUUCCUGAUUUCAUCCCAUAAAUUCCCCUUAAUUCCCAUGGAGUGUUUCCAAUUUUGAAAAUUCCCAGAAUUUUGCAAUCCUCUUCCUCGCCCCGAAAAACCUUGAAAUCCAACACCCGUUGCCCCUACCGCUUCUCUGGACCUGGAACCUAUCUGCUUAUGAAUGCAGUCACUUGGGAACACUCCCAAUUUGGGCAAAAGGACAAAAGGGGCGGGGGGUUUACGGUAAAAAAAAAAAAAAAAAAGAUUGGUGAAUGACUAUUUAGUGUACGUUUGAAUCAACGCUGUCAAGAUUCCUCGUCAGGGUUGUGAAUCGGAACCCGCCUGCCAGGUAGCCAUGAUGCUUUAACGGCAAGACCUUUCUUUCCUGCCCACGAUGUCCCGCUGAGAUUUGCGCGGAACGAGAAGACACAACAAAAAGUCAUUCAGGGAUGCAUGUUUGUGAGUUUUGUGACAAACUACUGACUGGUGAGAUCAUUUUUUCCUUCUUUUAUUUUAUUUUUAUUUUUUGGGUUUUGCUUUCUUUUGCACUACACAUUGGGUCCGGCACUCUGGCGGACCAGGUUACCUCGGCAUUGUUGCCACUCGCAUCAUGCACUUAUUACGGUCCGUCUCACAAGCCGGGUCGGGAGGGCCCGCCAACGCCGCUGCCUCCAGAUCUAAAUGCGGAUCAGCUGCAGCGGCGGUGGCGCUACCUCAUGGACCUUCAUCGGUGUCUGACCGUGGAAACCUGUCGCAGUUUCUGCCUUUUAGGAUGGGCAUGAAGCUUGGCUGCUAUCCACUCGAUGAGCCCCCGCUCCUAUGCUAAUGUUUUAGCGGGGCCUCGGCUAACAACUUGAGCUAGCUAACUAGCCUCGGCUAAGCCAGGACACUUUGCUGAUGUUUUUCUUUCCUCUUUUCCUUUUUCUCUUCUAAUCAAGCUCAGCUAAUCAAGUUGCUCUCCAUCCAAUUUCAAGUUUUAAAGGCAAUUUAC